AUAGCAACAGAUCGUGUUCAUCUCUCUUGUCAACAAAAAUACAAAAGAUUGUUCAUCUCUUCACUCCUUCAAUUCAAUCUCCUUCUCUGCAUCACUCCUCCUCAACAUAUUCUGCCACUGGGUUAUUCAAUGGCUUUGAGAAAGGUGUUUUGGAAUGAUCUUCUUCUAUAUGAAAAAUUGGGUGGGUAUUGUCUUGGGAACUUUGGUAGAUUCUAUGCUACUAAAGUGGAUUUGAGGAAACUAAGACCCAUGAUUGUUAAGAGAAUUGAGAGACGUUCUCAAUUUUACCCUGUUCGUGAUAUGAUUCCUGUUGCAAAUGAAGUCUUACUUGCUAGGAAUGUUCUCAUUCAUGGUGUUUCUACUCUCCUCAAUUCGUUUCCUCUCAUGGCUUGCAAAUUUUGUCCCGAGAUAUAUAUUGGUGAGCAGGGACAUUUAAUAGCAACUUGCCGGGGUUACAAGCAUCGUGCCAAGAACCGGGUUCACGAAUGGGUCAAAGGCGGUUUGAAUGAUAUACUUGUUCCUGUUGAAACAUUUCAUCUUAAUAACAUGUUCCAAAGUGUUAUUAGGCAUGACCAAAGGUUUGACUUUGAUCGGAUCCCUGCUGUUGUUGAGCUAUGCUGGCAAGCAGGGGCUGAUCCCCACGAUGAAAAUCUUAACUCAAGUAGUGGGAACUUGGAGGCUAGUAAUGACAAUGUCGAUGGUACCGAGUCUUUGUCACCAAAUGAUCUUGCCGUAAUUGCAAAGAAAACUUUAGAAGCUUGGGAGACUCUCAGGUCUGGGGUGGAGAGGUUGAUGUUUGUAUAUCCGGUAAAAGUUUGUAAAUAUUGUUCAGAGGUUCAUGUUGGGCCAUCUGGCCAUAAAGCUAGGCUCUGUGGAGUGUUCAAGUAUGAGAGUUGGAAAGGAGCUCAUUUUUGGACGAAAGCUAAUGUGGAUAAUUUAGUGCCGCCAAAGAUCGUGUGGAGACGAAGGCCUCAUGAUCCUCCUGUACUUGUGAAUGAAGGGAGAGACUUCUAUGGGCGUGUUCCAGCUGUACUGGAUUUGUGCACAAAAGCCGGUGUCAUUGUUCCUGCAAAGUAUAAUAUUUUGAUGAAAGUGCAAGGUCUGUCUGGUCCAGUCAAUUAUAAAAUUUGACAGGGGCAUUAGAGGAUCAAACAACAAAUUGAAUCGUAAUCGCUAAUCGGACACACAAUUGUUUGGGGAAGAAAUCUGAGAUGACAUUACUUUCAUCUGCAAUUUCCUGCAUAAUUUGAGGUUGUCUGGGAUAUCUGAAUAUGGAUCUCUGUGACUGUUCUGUUGGUUAAAGAAAUAUACUUUGUUCCAGACCAUAUCUCCUAAAAUAUUUCUGCAGAGCUUAUUAGAAUCUCUACAUUUAUGCAUGGCUGGACUUAAUGGACCCGCUCCAGAUUUGAUGAAGGUAAUUUAUUGUUCUACUUCUCCAGUCAAAGAUUCUGGUUAUUUUUCCUUUUAAAUUAUUUUUGUCCCUUGAGGAAUCUUAAGUCCAAUAAUUGAUGGAAAUAUUAACAUGGGAGAUACUACAUUGUUGUAAAUGUUUGUAAAAAAUUCAUUGCUGCCAAAAAAUGGCAGUUUAUUGCUGAAAUUUCAUUUUCUUGAGAUAUCACACAAAUAGAAAGAUUAGUUUGUUGACUAAAGAGUUUAUUUUCUAUCAAUUAUCAACUGUUUAGUUUUCAUUUUUGAAUCCUUUAAAAUAUUAGCUGCACUCUAGAGGGAAAAGUGCAGAGUUAUAAACGUCGAUUGAAAAAUCAAUGAAUAAAAUUGUGAUAAAAUAAGUGUAAGUUAGGACUCAUAACAGGCCCAGGUGCUUCGCUAUUUGAGUUGGUUUAUUGCAGAAAACCUUCCGCCUUGAUUUGCUACUUAUCUAGGGGAGACUCGAGGCAAUAGCAAAUGAUUUAUAGGAUAGGGAUGAGAUUCUUAAACAGCUUGCAGCAGUGGAUCCAAAAACAAACAAGUCAUUCUGCGAACUAAAAUAGGAGAGAUGUGUCUAGUAGAGGUCACACCAUUAUUCUAUACCUUAACAAAGGUUCUCAAGUUCACUCAAUUUUCCACGUUUCUCUGGAUGCAAUGGAAAUCCAUCCAACCACCUACGUUGUUAUAGAUAUAGGCAUGUAGAACAGUUAUUGGUAGGGUUUGGGGGGCUUUUAAUUCAUUGAUUGAAGGAGCAAACUUGAGGAAAUGCUGAAAGGUUGCAUGUAUUUUGAUUAUGAAGAAGAUAUAGUUGCACCGAGAAGUUCUGUUUCUAUAUUUUCUGAAUCACUUGCAUUAGCACAAAUAUCCUUUAACACAUUAUUUUGUAUUCAAUUGAAUAGAAAACCUUAAGACAUUCCCGCAGAGGAAUAUUUGCAUCUAAUGAAUAAGGACUUUCAUCUGAUUG